AUGGUGUCUUUAGACGAGAAGGAAGGCCCGAGUCCCAAAAUAGGUCCUGACCACCAGGCGGAAAUUCUUUCAAAUUCAGACCAGCUUUCACUUCAAAUGCAUCCUGCUUAUUCAGAAGAAGAUGUGUAUGAUGAAUCACUUUCUCCUUCAAUUUGUUUACCCAUCUCAGUCACAUGGAGUGAAGCUGAUGCAGAAAGUUUCGUACUCGGUUUGUUUAUUUUUGGGAAGAAUUUUACUCUGAUAAAAAAGUUCUUAGAGAACAAAGGGAUGGGAGAAAUACUCUCAUUUUACUAUGGAAACUUUUACAAGUCGGAUGGAUAUCAUAGAUGGUCGGAGUGCAGGAAGUUAAAAGGGAGAAAGCGUAUGAUAGCGAAGAGACUUUCUACUAAAAUGAGGCAAAAUGAUCUAUUGUCUCGCUUGAAUCCUCAUGUCUCCAAAGAAUCACAAGAUACUUUGUCCCAGGUUUCUAAGUCAUAUAUGAAGGGAAGAACUUGUCUAGAAAAAUACAUAUCUUCUAUGAAGUCUAUUGUUGGACUUGGCGUUCUUGCGGAAGCAGUAGGUAUUGGUAAGGAGAACGGAGUCAUUACUCGGUUUGAUUUGGAACCUAGGAAGAGCAGUUGUGAGGAAAUUUCUGCACCAGCUUGCAAAGCUUUGUCUUCUCUUGGACCGGAUGAAAUAAUACGAUCUUUGACAGGAGGAUGUCGGCUGAACAAAACCAGACGUAAUGAGCUUUUCUGGGAAGCUGUUUGGCCCCGCUUACUGGCAAGAGGUUGGCACUCUGAGCUGCCAAAGAAUCAAGAUUAUCUAGUUUUUCUUAUUCCCGGCGUUUACAAGUUUUCUUGGAGAAAACAUUUGAAAGGGCAACAUUACUUUGAUUCUGUUAAGGAUGUCUUGAGCAAAGUAGUAGCUGAACCAAAUAUUAUUGUGCUUGAAGAAGAAUUUGAAGAAGGAGGAUCAAACGAAGAUGAUUUCUCUGAUGAUCAUCUUCAAUGUUACCUCAAGCCUCGAUCUUCUACAAGUUUGGUGCAUAGCGGAAAGCCGUUAGAUAUAAGGGAAAUGAAAUAUGUUCCGUCUAAUAAAGUGCAUAUAGUUGAGGUAGAUGUAGAUGGUAAAAGAUAUAAAGGGAACACAUAUAGUAGGAGAGUAAACCAUAGCAAGGAUAUGCUUAAAAGCAUUACACAGAGAUCAACAAAGUUAUCAUCUAUUGAUACCAAUAGACUUCCUGAAAGAAAACUAUUGAAGGUGAAACAAAAGAGAUAUCCGCCUGUUGAAUUGAAAGAUGCUUCUACGAUGACUACCAAUCUUCUAAGUGAUAGUAAUGGUGGCUCUUCAAUUGAUGAUUCAACAAGGAUGGUGGUAUCUAAGAUUCUGAUAUAUGGCAGAAAGAAAACUGAUAGUUUCUUUGGUGUAUCUAACAGUGGAGUCUCCGAUAAAAAAGAACCACAUGAUGAUAAUCAUGAUAAUGACGUAAACAAGAUGGUCGAAAGCCAGAAAAAUCAACACACCUGCUUGUUUGAUGAUAGUCAACUGAAGAGGAUCAUAAAGCAUCAUCAGUUCAAUUGGAGUGUAAGAUCAGGUGAUUCUAAUCAAGCCGCAGUUCCUACCAAAAGGAGGAGGUUGACUGCUUGUGCCAAGGCAGAGAAUAACCGCGUCAUUCAGAAUUUUUCAGGAGGUUUGGGAUCAGAUAAAGCUAGCUUUCUAGAUGCUAACCAAAAUGUUUGUGAUCCAGUUAGCCACCAGCAUAAUGGAAGUUCAACGGCUUCAUCAGAAGACAGAAGUAGCAGUCGCAACGACAGUUUUCAAUGCACAAGUGUUUCUUGUGUUGAAAUUGAGAAAUCUGUGUCUUUCACCUUCCGCAUACAGGCUGAUGUAAAUCCAAAGAGACAAAGCAGCAGAAACAGCAAAUUGACAGUUAAAGCAUUCGAAAGUUUAGCAAAUGAAUUCUGGCAUGUGGCAAAGAGACAGAAAAAGGAUGACAUUCCGACACACAUAGAUAUUUUCCAUCCUUGCCGCAAGGCUCGCACAAGAGGCAAAACAAGGCCGCGUCGUAACAUUGUUUUUCAACAUUUAAAUGGAGAUGGAAGUGUUAGCUAA